CCUGCCAGCCUCGCUGGAGAGGAUGCCCCCGUGUCCGUGAUGGGCUGUGGGACAAGCAAGGUCCUUCCUGAGCCACCCAAGGAUGUCCAGCUGGAUCUGGUCAAGAAAGUGGAGCCUUCUAGUGGCGAUAAGAAUGAUGUGUACAAGCACUUCAUCACAGAGGUGGACAGUGCUGGCCCUCUCAAAGCUGGGUUCUCAGCUACUAGUCAAUAUGCACCUCCCUACCCUGGUGUUCCCUCUACUGGCCACAUGGAGCCUCCCUCAGAACCACCACGCAGGGCCAGGGUGGCAAAGUACAGGGCCAAGUUUGACCCACGUGUGACAGCUAAGUAUGAUAUCAAGGCCCUGAUUGGCCGAGGCAGCUUUAGCCGAGUGGUACGUGUGGAACACCGGGCAACCCGACAGCCAUAUGCUAUCAAGAUGAUUGAAACCAAGUACCGAGAAGGGCGGGAAGUGUGUGAGUCUGAGCUCCGAGUGCUGCGCCGGGUGCGCCACGCCAACAUCAUUCAGCUGGUGGAAGUGUUUGAGACACAGGAGCGUGUGUAUAUGGUGAUGGAGCUGGCCACUGGUGGUGAGCUCUUUGACCGGAUUAUUGCCAAAGGUUCUUUCACUGAGCGGGAUGCCACAAGAGUGCUGCAAAUGGUACUGGAUGGUGUCCGGUACCUGCAUGCCCUGGGCAUCACACACCGAGACCUCAAGCCUGAGAAUCUCCUCUACUACCACCCUGGCAUUGACUCCAAGAUCAUCAUCACUGACUUUGGUUUGGCCAGUGCCCGAAAGAAAGGUGAUGAUUGCCUGAUGAAGACCACCUGUGGCACACCUGAAUACAUUGCUCCUGAGGUCCUGGUUCGAAAACCCUACACCAAUUCCGUGGAUAUGUGGGCACUGGGUGUCAUUGCCUACAUCCUACUCAGUGGUACCAUGCCCUUUGAGGAUGACAACCGCACUCGGCUAUACCGGCAGAUCCUCAGGGGAAAAUACAGUUAUUUGGGGGAGCCAUGGCCUAGUGUAUCUAAUCUGGCCAAGGACUUCAUUGACCGCCUGCUGACAGUGGACCCUGGAGCCCGGAUGACUGCACUACAGGCCCUGAGACACCCAUGGGUAGUAAGCAUGGCAGCCUCUUCUUCCAUGAAGAAUCUACACCGAUCCAUCUCCCAGAAUCUCCUCAAGCGUGCUUCCUCUCGUUGCCAAAGCACCAAAUCUUCACAGUCCACACGUUCCAGCCGCUCUACACGCUCCAACAAGUCACGCCGUGUUCGGGAGCGGGAACUGCGGGAGCUCAACCUGCGCUAUCAACAGCAGUAUAAUGGUUGAGCCACCAGCUAUGACAUGGACACACUAUCGUCUCAUCCUGGCCACUCUCUGCUUUGUUACCUAGGCCCAAUAUCUUCUCUGUAUUUCGGCAUCAUGGCCAGAGCAUGUCUGGACUCAGCUCUUCCCUGUGCCGUUAGUAGCCCCUACCUCCUAUCAUGGGCCUGGGCCUGUUAUGAUGGCAUAGUGGCCCAGGACCAUUUAAACUGGGAGCCUGUUAGGCAGCUGCUCUGAGCUGGAAGAAAGAGCAGGACCCAGUCCCCACUGAUGUCCUUAAUGUUUCCCUCUUUCUUGGACCAGAGGGGGUCUGUAGUGUUGAGUAGAAAGGGUCCUAUGGCUCAGGACUGUAAAUCCAUUACUUUUAUAGCCUCCUUUUCCUCAACAAAGCAUUGGUCUAGCUCCCAUAUCCUGUAUCAUGCUGACCCUUAAGAUUAUGUUCCAGUGGGCAGUCUUGCAUUAGAUUGCAAGCCCCAGGUGUCUCGUUGGUCCCUUAGGUCCAGUCAGAUCCAAGCAACCCCACUAUUUUCCCUAGCCAAGAGCAGUCUUUCUUCAUGGUGCCACCAGGGACCCCUUCUAGCCCCCAGACUUGCCAGGACCUCUGGUGGUAGAGCUGUAGCAGGAUCUUAUCCUCAGACCCCCCAGCCUCUCUAUGAGAGGGAUCCUGCCUAUCACCCUCCAUGCCUUUGUAGAGCCCAGUAUUGCCUCCGUCUCCUACUUGGAUGUCCAUUUCAUUCCCCAGCUGCCUCCUUCCCAACCGUGAGGGAUUAAAGGGAGUUCCACUGCUGCUACCUGGGGGAGGGUUAUCAGCAUUCUAUUGUCAACCCUUGUUCUAUCCUUUGGUAUUGCUCUUUGCUGGUUCCUUUUCUAAAGCUGCCCUUCCCUCUUUAUAGCUCCAUGAUGGCGCCAUCUAGUGUCUUGUCUAGGUAUAGGUCACCGGGGGAGGGGUGGUGGCUGGUGCACACCCUUGCAAACCCAUAGCUCUCCGAAAGGAAGAGGAAAGAAAGGAGUUGCUGAACUGGGGAAGAGUCUUGGGCUGCUCAGCUCCCCUUCUAGUCAGCUUCUUCAAACCUCACUCUGGAACUUAGCCGUACUGUGUUACCUGCCUCUGAACCCCAGGUGCCUUGGGUGCUGACCUUGCUGAAAGAGCUGGCUUUGCCCUAUCUGCCCUGUGCCCACUUCUUUUCAUAGCAUUAACUUUCCAGAUUGGCCCCACUGAGUCAGGCUGGAGGGAGCUCUUCUGGGGGGGGGGUUAGGGUGGGGUUGCA